AAUUCAUGUCAUUUUAGAUAGAAGUUAUAUUAAUAUAAAUAUAAUGUAAAAUUAAUGGCAAAAAGAAAUUUAUUUACAUAUUUAUAUACCAACAGCACCAGGAGCAUAAGAACCAUGGGGAUGAUCAAGAAAUCAGCGUUAACAUUCGCUGUACUGUUUGCUUUGUUUGCGUAUUUAGUUCACAGCCCCAUCCCGGCAGAGGUUCAUGACCCAUUGUAUUUUCAACUUCUAGUUGAUGUCCUAGCUCUCUCUGAAUUUUUGGGUGGAAUCAGUGAGAAAUUGGGUUUUGAUCGGUGGUGGGCGUACCCUGGGCGUAUCCCAAUGCCACUCCCAUUGUUUUUACCAGAUGGGAUGAAGGUGGAAAAUGAAAUGCUUGGUGGAGUGGAAACUGUAAUCAUAACACCAAGAAGUUUCCAGGAAAGAAAGAAACCCGGUCCUGCCGUUGUUUACUUCCAUGGUGGGGGAUGGGUGUUUGCAAACUUGAAAACUUCAAUGCACUUACUCGUAGACUUUGCUGAGGAGACAGGAUUUGUUGUUAUGGCCCCCGAGUACAGAUUAGCCCCAGAACACCCAUUUCCAGCCCCAUAUGAUGAUUGUAUGAACUCUACCAUCAGUUUCAUGAAAUCAAGCAAACGUUUCAAUGUUGAUCCAAAAAAAUUAAUUCUUUCUGGGGAUAGUGCAGGUGGCAACUUAGCAAUGGCUGUUUACAUUGGUUUAAUUGAGAUGCAAGCCUCAGAUCCUACAGUUGAACUACCAGCCAUGCAAGCUCUUAUUUACCCAAUUCUACAAAUGAUAAACUACCUGACUCCAAGUCAUGUUCAAAACCAAAAAUUUAUGUUUUCAGCGGACUUGAUUCCAAAGUUUUGGCUUGCUUAUAUUGGUUUAAACGACCAGCCUUGGUUGGGGGAUGUUGUAGCAAGGAAUUCACAUGUGGAUAAAUCUGAUGUUGAAUUAAUAGAAAAAUGGAAUCUUGUUUCCCCGAACCUUAUCCCUGAUAAAUACAUACACAGUGAUAAAGUAUUUAAAUUAGAUGAUGUAGUUUAUGAUGAUACCUUGGAUGGUGAUGUGAGGAAACUCAUGAAACAAAUGAUUCUAAAUACAAAGAUAUCUCCUUUGCUUGCAUCCAAUGAAAUUAUUUCAAAAAUAAAGAAAACUUUGGUUUUGGUUUGUGAGUAUGACCCACUGAGGGAUGACGGGAUAAUCUUGCAUGAGAGGAUAAAGGCACUUGGUGGCAGUGUUGAGUUACAAUAUCUUCCCAACAGUUUACAUGCAACGGCAAGUCUUGGCGCUAUAUUUAAAAACACUUAUUAUGGAAAACAGAAUUCAAUCUUUUUUCAGAAGAUCAAAAAAGCUUUUCAAUGAUAACAGCCUUACUUCAAAAACUCUACUUAAAUUACAAAAUUAGGUUAUUUAAAAUAUUAUUUUAGCAGUUUUUUAUACAAAAGUUCCAUAUUUUUUUUAUUUUUUUUUAAUUUAAGUAAAAAAAUGUAUAUUUGGUGCCUAAAAUAGUCAAAUACUAUGUUGCAACACAUUUUUCCCCUUUGAAGAACUCUGAAAUUAUGUUAUUUAAAAAAAAAUGGUUGAUAUUUUUAAUGUAAAAUGUUCCAUGUUUUUUAAUUGUUUACCGAAAAACAAAAUCUGUUUAAUUUCAACCAAAGACAUUAUGUCCGCAACAGUUUGCCCAAUUUGAAGGAUUAUACCUAAACUAGAUUAAUUUUAAAAUAGUUUAAGCAUUUUAAAAAUAGUUCUUUAUUACAAAAAAAAUACUUUUUAACCCAAGCAAAAAAUAUGUUUAAUUGCUACCUAAGAAACAAUGACGCAAAAGUUAUGCCCAAUUCUCCAUAUUUAUAAUUAAUCUGUUUGAAUUCCAUCUUUGUUUUCAUAGUAAACUUACUCCAUUGAUGAGUCAUAAUACAUUCUGUUGAACAUAAAUAUCAUAUUAUUGUCAAUAUGAAUUACCCAAUGGUGUAUUGUCACCACGGAUAAUAUAACAUUGUAUGGAAUGUUUUUCUGAGGUUGUAACAUUUUUCUGACACUCGAUGUGUCUUAUGUCACCUGGCAUGGCAAUCAAUUUUUAUGUUUUAGAUGCUCUAUAUGAAGUUUAGGAAGUGUUCUAUAUGAAGGAGUAAUUUUCAAAAUGUGUUUUAUAAUACUACUGUAUUUUUGUGUGUUAUUGUAAUUAAUUACCAUCAGAACAGAAAAAGAAGCAAUAUUUUUGAAACUAUGCAAUUCUGAAGCAUCUAAUUAAUGGGCAAAGCACUUAAUGUCAAAAUACAUUGUUUAAUAUGUACUUACACUCAAGUGUUUUAACUUGUAUAUUGUUACAAUGGUACAAUUUCUAUUGAUUAUGCAAAA